AUGUCCGACCCCGCCGCAGCUCUCACGGCCCUGCUCCGCGCCGCCUCCAUCCAAGACCACGACGAAGUCUUGAAGGCCGCCAACGCCGCCAUCAAGGCCGACAAGUCCAAUGCCCACGCCCACCACACGAGGCUCGUUGCCCUGCUCAAGCUCGACCGCUUCGACGACGCCCUGCGCGCCCUGAGCGAGGCUGGUGACCGGCUCGAGAAGGAGUGCGCCGUCGAGAAGGCCUACGCCCUCUACAAGGUCGGCAGGCUGCCCGAAGCCGAGGCAGCAAUCGGCACCGUCCAGCCCGCCACCCGCGCAUCUCGCCACCUAGCCGCCCAGAUCGCCUACCGUGCCGAAAAGUUCGACCAGGCCGCCCCCGCCUACCGCCAGCUCGCCGCCGACGUCGAGAGCGAGGGCCUGCCGGGAGAGGAGAACGACCUGAGGAUCAACGGUCUUGCCACCAAUGCCCAGCUGCAGUGGAAGGGCCAGGGCGACCUGGUCGACGAGCACCUGCGUCAGCCCGCCCGCGAGGACCUCGAGGCUUUCGAGACGGCCUACAACGCUGCCUGUGGCUGCGUGGCCCGUGGUGAUUUAGCCAAGGCGUCUGUCUUGCUCAAGCGCUCUAGAGAUCUUUGCGAGGCGAGCGAGGAUCUGUCCGACGCCGAGAAGCAGGCCGAGCUGCUCCCCCUGCUCAUCCAGCACGCCUAUGUCCUCACCCGCCUAGGGAAAACCGCAGAGGCCACAAGCCUCCACAAGUCUAUUACACUGCCUGAUGUCCCAGAGCCGUCCGCCAAGGUAGUCGCCCAGAACAACCAGACGGCCCUUGGCUCGGAGGAUCAGAACCCCUAUCUCACUCAGCGCCUGAUUGAAUCGGCCUCCGCCCUUUCCGGCAACGACCAGCUGUUCGAGUACCAGGCCGCUGUUUUGAGAAGAAACAGGUAUGCCCUGGGCCUGCAGAUGCAAAAGUUCGACGGCAUAGAAUCCUCUACGUCGAAGCAGAUAUUGAAGGCUCCUACACCAACUGCAUCCACCGAGAUUGCUGGACUCGGUGUCAUCAACGCCGCGGCCCGCGCCCAGCUCCAGGCAGGAAAGAUUGCCAUCAAGGAGAUCUUGCCCAUUCUGGAGAAGCGACCCGCUGAUAUCGGUCUCCUCCUAACCAUCAUUCAGCUCUAUGUGCAGACCAAGAACCCGGGGCCCGCGCUUGGCUUAUUGGAGGCCUUCCUGAAGCGCCUGGAGCAGGCUACCACGCCAGACCACGGAGAUGCCCGGUUUUCCCCUGGCCUGGUGGCAGUGACAGUAGCACUCUACCGUCUGUUCGGGCGUCAAAAUUCCAUACGGACCGAGUUGGCAAAAGCCGCUGCGCACUGGCGGACCCGUUCCAAGGAAUCUGCGACUUCCCUGCUCCGGGAGGCUGGCGUGGAACUUCUCAAGUCGUCAAAUCCUGACGACCUAGCUUUGGCCGGCGACACCUUUGAAGGUUUGGCUGCAAAGUCCAAGAACGAUACCAUCGCUGCGGCAGGCCUCGUGGCUUCCUUCGCCACCACGGAUUACCCCAAGAUUGAGCCGUAUUUGUCCAAUCUGACGCCGGUUGAGAGGCUGACCGCUGGUGUUGAUGUUCAGGCGCUGGUUGAAGCCGGCGUGGCGUCCGUUGCCGCCGUAGCCCCUGAGAGCAGGAAGCGACCCGCCGAUGUGGAACCCCAAAAGGCGAACAAGCGCCGCAAGAAGAAGAGGCUGCCCAAGGACUACGUCGAGGGUACAGAGCCUGAUCCGGAGCGCUGGUUGCCAUUGCGUGACCGCAGUACCUACCGCCCCAAGGGCAAGAAGGGCAAGAAGCGUGCCCAGGAGGCGACGCAGGGUGGUGUCGUCAAGGAGGAGGAGACGCUGGAGCUGGUCGGCGGCGCGGGAGCCGUCAAGGUAGAGAAGGCCACCGGCGGCGGAAAGAAGAAGAACAAGAAGAAGAAAUGA